UUUUGGCUCCACCCUCGUUCUGGCUCCUUAUACUCCACUCUCCUGUCUCAACUAGAAAACAUGCAAUGUGCUGCUGCCUUUAGCAGAGCAGACACACAUGCACACACACACACACACAAGCGCAGACACAGCAUCAUCACAAACACACAGCGAGUGGAGAGAGGGAGCGUGCAAAUGCAUGCUCCCGACGUGAAAGACAGUUUGAUAAAGCGAGACCACCAGCGGAGGAGGACUCUUCACUACAGACAGCAUUGGCAUCAGCAGCAGCUGUGGCAGUUUAAAGACCUAAAUAUACGUCACUGAACUCUCUCCACUGGCUGGCAGCUCUAACAUGGGCUGCUCAUCCGGACGCCUGCCCUGCCAGCCGCCGGCCCCUGCACAGCUGCCCACUCUGGACCCUGCACUGGACUGCAGCCUGGCUCAGGAUGGGGUACCAUCUACACCUAAGAGCCCAGAGAAUCUCUCCACUCUGGAACGGUUGGCCCAGGCCACUGGGGGCACGGAGAAGUCAUGGUACCGCUGCGUAUUUCCCUUUGGGGUCAUCUCACUGGUGAUUGGCAUGGCAGGCACGGGCGUCACCUUUACCUUCAACACCCUGUUACAGACCAAGGUGGUGUCCCUGGUGCUGCUGGCUGUGGGACUGAUCAUGCUUCUGGUGGCAGCUGCCUGUUGGAGGGUCCACAGAGCCAAGAGGAGGGAGAAGAAAGAAGGUGGCUUCUUCUGCUCAGAGCAGGGCACCCUUUGACCUGUUUUAUUUUUCCUUAUUUAAAAUAAGGACUUUCAUAUCUUAUAUCUUUUGUUCUGUGCAUGCACUGGCUGGAUGUGACGUGAUAUCUUGAUGGAACAAGAACUUUGGAACAAGACUUGCGGAUUGAAGCAACACUUUCAUGUCAUAGAGGUCUUUGUGCUCUAUUUAUAAAUACGAGUGAAAAACUCACAACAGCUUGAGAUGUUUAGCACUUUCCUAAAAUACUUCAUCCUACCACACCACGUGCUGCGAGGAGGAAGCAGUUAUCUCCAUAUGUUUGUCCUCAUUAAGGAACCUCAUUAUUAGAAACAGCACAGUCUCUAAGAUCCCUCACAAUGCUGCAAGUCCAUUUCACACCACCGUGAACAUGUUUCCCCGAAGGAACAACAGGAUCAAAGAUGCGUAGAAGAGACUGCACUUUCCCUGAAGGGGGGGAAAUCAUCUCUGAACUGUUUCAAACACUUCCUGCCGGUCAGUUUCUCCAGGAAUAGUAAUACACAAAUGACGUGCCUCUGUGAUUAACUAACAGCAGGUCAGUGGAAGAAGCCUCUGGGAAGAUUGAGGUUAGUAGGUCUAGCACAUGGAAAGAAAAAACUGCUAUUUCAUGUGCUUUAUAUAGAUAAUGAGUUUGGUAAGCUUGGUGUAGCACGUGAGAGAAGACUUCACCAGAUAACUUAAGUGUUCCCAGUGGUAGGCAAAAAGUGGACAACAUAUUGGUCUGCUCUGCAUGACUUUGGAGUCAAAUGUUUUGUAACUCUCAAGAAUGGUGCGUAAUGGAGUACGUAUGUUGUAAUAGGUGAGAUAUCUUUAGCAGAGAUAUAUUUUUGCUGGUGUUGUGAUAAAAAAAAGGUUUAAAAGAUUUGUGCUUGCAUGUGUGUUUCCAUGAAGUGUUUGUGAAAGCACUCAGGUACUAUGUGUGAGUUUCUUAUUUAUUAGCGGAUUAGAGAUACUGGAAACAGACAAAAGGUGAAGGGGCUGUCAAUCCUAGUUCUGGGGACUCCACAAUGUGCACAUGUUCGAAUGUGUUCUCAUCUCACAUACAUGAUUCAACUCAUGAACUAAUUAAGAAUCAUAUUUGUGGGCUCCCUUGCAGGGGUUGGAGCAAACACAAAAAUGAGUAAUGCAUGGGGUCACCAUGGUCACCAUGCUGGACUAGGAUUACAUCCCUGUUUUAGAAGGUCUUUUUUUCGCUGUUGAACGUGAUUUAAGAAGCAGUGAGCAGUGACCUGAAGAAAUAUAGAGAACAAGAGACUACGGCUAGAGAUAUACUUGCUGUGACUGCCUCACGUAUCAUGUUUCAGUUUGGUGGGUCAGUUCUGCACGUCCUCAGAAAUGAAUGCUAUGUGUAUGCAAAGUGCAGUACACAUCUAAAGAACAGUAGGGGCAGUAAAGGCACUCAGCAGUGAAUAAAAAAUUUCAGAAAGUUUUGAAACACGUCUAAACAAUUACUGCGAUUUAUGUUAUGUAUCUUUAAGGCUUGUUUGUACUUCUGCGUCGAGUCAACGCAUUGUCUACGGCAUAGCUUGUGUUUGUCUGUGACUCACUUCAAACUUGAUGUUUAAACAGCAAAGGUAGUUUUAGGAAUGUGUGGGUGGGAACACAAGGCUCAGCAAACCAAUCACAGCUGCUGCUGUCCAUGCCACACUACGCAUAGUUACAUUUCUGGGGAGGUGCACGACAGGUUACGACAUAGGCUAUGAUGUAAGAUACGUUGCUACAAGUAGGCUAUUGUGAAGGUUCAACGCAAAAGUACAAAUCAGAUUUUACUCUUGUGGCACAUGUAGCACAGUAUUUAGGCAGGUAUGCAAAAUAAUUAUGGAAAUGUGUGGCCAAACAGCAAGCACACCUACAUGCCAAAAGUCAUGGAACAGAAAUUAAUAUUACACCCGCUGACUUAGUGCUGGGUGAUUAUGGCCUAAAAAAUAAUCUUACAUUUUUUUUCACAAAAAAAAUCUGACUUACGAUUAUAAUCCAUUUUAAUCACUACAUGGGAUGGACCCACAGCUCCCCCGACUCCACACGUCACAGUAUGUAAAAUCGCGAUUACUCCAUUUGAAAAUCUGUAAUUCAUAAUUUGCAUUAAUCGAAUUCAAAUUAACCAAAUUAAUCUUGUAAAUGGCCCAGCACUACCCUGACUUUUGCCAAAUGAAAAAAGCUAAAAAAAGAAAAUAUGUGAAACAUCUUCACUGAAUGUAGAUGUGAUUGCUGUGAGUUCAUAUCUCUAGCCUUACUGUCCAUGUUCUGCAGAAACUCAAUACUAUCUUUUCAGCCGCUUUGCACUUAGCAAUUCUGUUGUGCCACUGAAAACUGAAUCAUUUUAUCCUCUGUGAACAAAUGAAUGUAUUUAUUGACUUGAUAGGUUUAAAGUAGAACCCUGAUCUGUUGUGUUAAAUGGUGAUUUCACAAUAAUCAGCACUGUAGGAAAAAUGAACAAGAUCUGGAUGUUACAUCUCUGGUUCUUUAAACUCUGGUAUUGUACUGUAGCUUAGGUAUAUUUUCAUCCCUGUGAAAAGGAAUGGCAGACUGUUUUUGUAUUUUGCCUAUUCUUUCAGUGCCUGUCUUUUUACAUCAGAUAUUUUCUUACUAGCUAUCACUGGGGUGUUUUCCAGUUUUGUUUUAUACCAGCUCAUUGAUCCUGUUUCCAAGAAUAGCUGUAGCAGCAGACAGAAUGAGAGCAAUGACGGGGAUACCUGAGCUCCAGUGAAGACAUAUGGGCACGAUGUAAGAGAUAGACGGAAAAGACCACACACACACACAGACACGCAUGCAUGCCUGGAACAGGUGCCCUCUAACGUGUGUGUGUGGCAGGCUUAUCUUUUGUCCCCUGCAGCUAACGAAAGAUAGAGAGAGAAUGAGACAGAACGAGAUAAGGAGGGAGGGAGAGAUGGAGGGAGGGAGAGAGGGAGGGAGGGAGAGUGAGUGGCAGAAUAAGGAAGGGGGUGGGGGCUUUCAUGAGAGUUCAUUGAUAAAAAAAAGCAUCCGGAAAUAGCUCGGAAUAUAAAUAAGCAGUGAGCCCAGCAUGAGUCCUGCAUUAUGUGAUGUUCCACCUCACAUGCACUUACACAUGCUUUAUAAUGCACUGUAAACAUGACUCAUAAAAGGUACCCCUCGCAUUUCUGAUGGGCCUAAGAUAAGAUAUAUCAAAUAAGAUAAAUUAUUUAUUAGUGCCACAGAGGGGAGAUUUACUAUGAACUAGAACUACAAUAUGCACUUGUUCAAUGAUCCUUUCAAAAGAGUUUUUUUUGGAAUGAUGCCACAGAAGAACCACUUUGGGUUCCUUAUGGAGUUUUUUUUUUUUUACAGUGAAUGGACCUUUCACAAGUGUAGGUCUUAUAUGAAGGAGGAAAGGAACCAUAAGAGACUCGUCUAUGGCAUCAUGUAAUGUAAGAAAUGUAAAUGUAAGAAAACUAUAUGCCAGCCAAUAUCUAAAGACACAGUCCAAAGAAAACUGACCCUCCAUACAUAUCAACUCAACUUGAAGUACGAGAAGACUGAAUGGGUUCCGAAGGAAUUUGCCACAUGCUGAGGGGCACAUAUGGUAUAUGUAGCUUUUCUUUGCCAGGAGUGUAAAUUAGUUUAAUAAUUAGUAAAUGAGUUUUUCUGGUACCAGACUGAUACCAGUAUGAAGCACUGUAUGUACAUAUGUGUUUUCUUUUUUUUAAGACAUUGUAUUUAAAAGCUAUGUUUAUACAUUUUGGACUAUUGGAAAAGAGUAUUAAAUACAAUGACGCAAUGUGAAAAAA